AAAAACCGCACUUGCAGAUCGCAUUCACAAGCCGCAUCUUUGCGUACUUCUUCACUAGGCGAUUGAUCGUGCACUUCGGAGUGCCUUUCGAGUUCAACAACUGUCAGAAUGUCCGUAAUGGGUUCACCGAGCUUCGCCGCCUGGACGGCAAACCGCGCCAUGUCCGGCAGCUUUGGCGGUAACAUGACAGUGGUGGACAAAGUGUCACCCGAUAUGCUGUACCUGGUCUCGCCUCAUUGGUAUCAGUUCCCGCCGAUGAACCCUCUGUGGCACGCCAUUCUGGGAUUCGUUAUCGGGGUACUGGGCUUCGUCGCGGUCAGCGGCAACGGCAUGGUUGUCUACAUCUUCUGCAGCACGAAGGGUUUGAGAACACCAUCGAAUCUGCUGGUGAUCAAUCUCGCUUUUUCGGACAUGUGCAUGAUGCUGUGUAUGUCACCUGCCAUGGUAAUCAACUGCUACUACGAAACCUGGGUGUUGGGUCCAUUUAUGUGUGAGCUAUACGCCAUGUUGGGAUCACUGUUUGGCUGCGGCUCCAUUUGGACAAUGACUUUCAUCGCAUUCGAUCGUUACAAUGUCAUCGUAAAGGGAUUGAGUGCGAAACCGUUGACGAUUAAAUCUGCGCUCUUUCGGAUUCUUCUCAUCUGGCUCUUUGCAUGCAUCUGGACUCUUGCGCCAAUGUUCGGCUGGAAUAGGUAUGUCCCUGAAGGCAACAUGACUGCCUGUGGUACUGAUUACUUAAACACCGAAUGGUUGAGCAAGAGUUACAUCCUGGUAUACUCGGUAUUCGUCUACUUCCUGCCUCUGUUUGGCAUCAUCUACUCUUACUGGUUUAUUGUGCAGGCUGUUGCUGCUCAUGAGAAAGCAAUGCGUGAACAAGCCAAGAAGAUGAACGUAGCAUCCCUGCGCUCAUCGGAGGCGGCUGCCACCAGCGCCGAAUGCAAAUUGGCCAAGAUUGCACUGAUGACCAUCUCCCUGUGGUUCAUGGCAUGGACGCCAUACUUGGUGACCAACUGGGUGGGCAUCUUCCAGACUGUCAACCUUACACCCCUGCAGACCAUCUGGUGCUCUGUAUUUGCCAAGGCCAAUGCUGUUUACAAUCCAAUUGUCUAUGGCAUCAGUCAUCCAAAAUACAGACAGGCUCUGCAUAAGAAGUUCCCAUCUUUGGCGUGCGCUGGAGCACAAGAUGACACUCAGUCCACUGCUUCUGGUGUCACAAAUGUGACCGCAGGUGAAGAAAAGGUCAGCGCGUAAGAAGCGCUAAUAUAAACGACUAGGAUUCUUAAAGUACUCAUUAAGUUCGUUUUGUUUGGGUUCUACGCGCUUUACUCUGAGUUACAUUUAAUUUACGACGAAAUCUUGUAUAUAAGGGGUGAACACGUGCUUGCCGAGGGGUCGGACACUAUGUAGAUUGAUUUUUUCUUAAAAAUAAAAACAAUCCUAGCAUGCAA